GACCAUAAUUGCGCUAGAGUGUUGCAAUAUACUCGCCGAAAUACACAGUAAUCAAAUAAAUUUAUAAAUACUAUUCUCAAAAUAAAUUUGUUGGUAAAAAAGAAAGUCACAAGCAGGACGAAGAUAUGCAAGACGGAGGUGCCGGUCCCUCCAGACAAAUGGAUUCCGAUCCAACUGGACAGCCGGAAACGUAUACAUGCCAUUUCUGUUUACGGACAUUCACUUCUGAGAUCUACUAUUCCGAUCAUUUAGAGUUACACGACACCGGAUAUAAUUAUCCUUGCUGCCAUUGCAACUUAAAAUUCAUUUCUGAGUGGGAUAUGCAUGAACAUGUAAAAAAGUAUCACAAGAAUGUUUGUUUAAAGUGUAAUAAAUGCGACAAAGUUUUUGUGAAUUUAAACUCUCUUGAAUACCACAAAAAAAUGUGUCAUUAUGAUGGCAAGAAAGCUUCUAAACCGAAACAGGAUUGCGGGUCAGAGGGUAAGAGAAAGAGGCACGAAUGGGACAACUCUGACGCGGACUCGGAAGAUAAUGAGCAGGAGGAACGUCCCGGUCCCUUCACACAAAUGGCUUCCGGUUCAACUGGAGAUAAUAUGCAAGGCGAAGGAGUCGGUUCUUCCAGACAAAGGGAUCCGACAAAGGGACAAAUGGCUUCCGAUCCAACUGGACAGCCGAAAACGUAUAAAUGCAAUCUCUGUGCACAGACAUUCGAUUCUUUGGAGAUCCUUUGCAAUCAUUUAUAUUACCACAGCUUAGAGAAUCAUCCUUGCUACGUUUGCAAAUUCAAAUUUAUUUCUAACUCAGAAUUGCGUAAACAUUGUAUUCGGGUACAUUCGGACGGUUCUUUAAAGUGUGAUAAAUGCGGAAAAUUUUUCGCGCAUUUUGAUUACUUUGUACAGCACAAAAAAAGAUGUCAUAAUAAUGGCAAGAAAGAUACUAAAACGAAACAGAAAAGUAAAGAGAAGAAAUGCGACAAUUCUGACGCGGACUCAAAAGAUGAUAAGCAAGAGGAACGUCCCGGUCCCUCCAGACAAAUGGCUUCCGGUUCAACUGGAGAUAAUAUGCAAGGCGAAGGAGUCGGUUCUUCCAGACAAAGGGAUCCGACAAAGGGACAAAUGGCUUCCGAUCCAACUGGACAGCCGAAAACGUAUAAAUGCAAUCUCUGUGCACAGACAUUCGAUUCUUUGGAGAUCCUUUGCAAUCAUUUAUAUUACCACAGCUUAGAGAAUCAUCCUUGCUACGUUUGCAACUUCAAAUUUAUUUCUAAGUCAGAUUUGCGUAAACAUUGGAAUUCGGUACAUCCGGAUGUUCCUAUAAAGUGUGAAAAAUGCGGAAAAUUUUUCGCACAUUUUAAGUCCCUUGCACGGCACGAAAAAAGAUUUCAUAAUAAUGACAAGGAAGAUUCUAAAACGAAACAGAAAAGUAAGAGGAAGAAAUGCGACAAUUCUGACGCGGACUCAAAAGAUGAUAAGCAAGAGGAACGUCCCGGUCCCUCCACACAAAUGGCUUCCGGUUCAACUGGAGAUAAUAUGCAAGGCGAAGGUGUCGGUUCUUCCAGACAAAAGGAUUCCGAUCCAACUGGACAACAGAGGGACGCAAGUGCCGGUCCCUCUAGACAUAUAGAUUCCGAUCCAACUGGACAGCCGGAAACGGUCAAAUGCAAUAUCUGUUUAAGAACUUUUCCGUCUGAGAACGUGCUUAAGAAUCAUUUAGAGUACCACAAAAUUGCAAAGAAUAAGUUUCCUUGCAAAUCUUGCGGCUUAAGAUUCAUUUGUAAUGGAGAUUAUAGAAAUCAUAUUAAUGACAAGAGUGGUCCUUUGAAGUGUAAUAUUUGCGGGAAAUCUCUUGAGAAUCUUCACUACCUUAACAAGCACAAAAAGAAUUGUCAUUAA